AUGAAGUUCCUCGCUGCCGUCGUCCUCUUCGCUGCUACCUCCAUGGCUACUGCGGCCCCCGAUGCCAAUGACGAAGGAAGCAACGGCCAAUGCCAGAGUGAUGGGAUGCGCUGCAACUACAGCAUUUACCCGGCGCUCGCUUGUUGCCCCGGUCUCCAGUGCUAUACCCCUCCCGAAUCUCCUCCUGGUGCCUAUGGAUACUGCUGCGAGAACUGA